AUGGAGGCUAUAAAGGAUGGUUCGAUUUCGGGUGUUUUACCUAGUAGCAGCGAAGUAUUUGCUGUUCAUUACCCUGGUUACCCUUCUUCAACUGAACGAGCAGUCGAGACACUGGGUGGAAAAGACGGCAUCCUCAAGGUUCGUUCAGAGAAGUCAAACAAGUUAAAGCUACUUUUUCGUCCUGAAGAUCCAUAUUCCCACCCAGCCUUUGGGGAACUCCUGCCCUGCAAUAAUUACCUGUUGAGAAUCUCCAAAAAGAAAGUUAAGGACUCGCAAAAUGUGAAAGAUUGCAAGAAUUCUAACCAUACGUCAUCGAAUUCACUUCACACCGAGAAGAAUAUUGCAAUCUCUCAGUCAACAGAAACUACUGAAAAUAUCACGCAACUUGAAUGUGAUUCCAUUUCAGCUGCUUCAGAAGUCGAACAGAUAAAUGAUGGAGCUCAAGAGGAGCUAUUUGCUGACAUCGUUUCUAGAGUUUCUGAGGCAUAUCACUUCAAUGGGAUGGUGGAUUAUCAGCAUGUGCUUGCUGUUCAUGCUGGUGUAACUCGAAGGAAGAAAAGAGACUGGGCUGAAGUAGAACCACAAUUAGAGGAAGUUGGUCUAUUGGAUGUUAAUCAGGACGACUUAAUGAUUUUAGUGCCACCACUAUUUUCAAAGAAGGAUGUUCCUGAAAAAGUUGUUUUGAAAACAUAUGGAGAUCCGAGUUCGAAAAAGAAACAAGAGGAACCCGUACAGCCACGUUGGGGGAUGGAGAUCGAGCAGUGUCUUGCCAUUGACUUCCACAUCAAAGAUAUCCUUAUCCCCAAGAAAGUGAAUUGGGAGGAUUCCAUACCCAGAAAUUCAGAUCAAUGGCGAUUGCAGAUGGCAGUUUGUGAAAUGUUUGAUGAGCGUCCAAUAUGGACCAAACAUUCAUUAGCUGAACAGUUACUUGACCGAGGUAUAAGUGUUGUAAACAAAGUUCUCAGAAGGCUUCUUUUUAUAGCAGCAUAUUACUUUUCGAAUGGGCCAUACCUGAGGUUCUGGAUCAGAAAAGGAUAUGAUCCUCGCAAGGAUCCCGAGUCCCGCAUAUAUCAGAGGACUGAUUUUCGAGUACCUCCUUCGUUACGAGGUUAUUGUGACACCAAUGAGCUAUCAGGAUUGAAGUGCAGAUGGGAGGAUAUUUGUGCAUUCCGAGUUUUCCCUCGCAAAUGUCAGCUUUCUCUGCAACUCUUUGAACUUAAGGAUGACUAUAUUCAGCAAGAAAUCAGGAAACCUGCAAGUCAAGAAAUCUGCAACCUGCAAAAUGGGUGGUUUUCAGUUCAUGUAAUUGAGUCCUUGAGAUGGCGAGUCGCUCAGAGGUUUCUGUCGGUUUAUCCUGAGGCUGGUGCAGAAUCAUUGCUCCGGAGUGUUACCAAAAACUUUGAGAAGUCAAACAGAUUGCAAGUGCAUAAGACGGAUACAAAAGUUGAUGGAGAGGGAAAGCAAGCUGAUAAAGAAGUUUUAGAAACCGAAGAUAAAGAAACUAAUGAUGAAGCUGAAUAUGAGGAAGAUGAAGAUGAGAUGGAGGAUUACAACCUUGAAGAAGACGUGGAUGCAGAUGACGAGCUUGAUCCGGACGGGAGUUUCUCGUUGCCAGGAUACAUGGACCAUGAAAAUAUCUCUAAGGACUAUCUACAGGAGCUUUUUGGUAGUUUUCCGUUUGGUGCUACCGGUGGACACGAAAUGCCAGAUGAUGAUGGAGGAGGCUAUCAGAUUUAUGAUGAUAAUUUUUCUGAGGAUGAAGAUUACUAA